ACAAUUAGAGGAUAUGAACUCCGUACUCCUCAGUGCCUAAGCAAUGAUGAGGUACAAGAAGCACGCAAAGAGUUGAUUAAGGGAUUGAGAGAUUUACUAGUUAAUGAUGGAACAACGAUCAAAGUAAAGAGGAUGGGAGAAGUCGAUGAAAAGCCUUUCAUGGAAGCAUGCCAGCAGAGAUUCAGUAGCCAAAACGUUGAGAUGGAGCACACCAUGCUUUUCUCCAAGUAG